UUUAAAAAAAACUUUUGCAAUAACUCUGGGCAUUCAUUCAUGCACAUGCGAGUAUUGCCUUUAACUUUUCAUACAUAUCUCUGACCGCAGCACUUGUAACGGUUGCUUCACUACGAUUAUUGUGAAAAGCGGCGGCGGAAGCGGCACGUCUGAUGGUCGCGUGCUUGACGCGGGAGCAGCGUGCCUCGGCGGUGGGAUGAUGAGAGACAGCAGCGGGGACUGAGUGGAGGAGGAGGAGGAGGAGGAGGUGGAGUCUGUCCCAGCCUGCAUCUGGCCCGCUCUCCCCUCUCCCUGUCACCCCGGGCCAAACCCGCCCAGCUCCUCUCACUCACUCUCCGCCUGUUCUCCCGCACUGCACGGCACGGCUCGGCUCGGCUCGGCCCGGACACACACGGCACUCACUCUCACACACACUCACUCACACACACAGACACACACAUACAGCAAGGACACGGAAUGGAGACGGAAGGGAGCCAGAGCAGCCUGUCCACCACGGACUCCCCUCACGACCCCUGCAAAAUGUUCAUAGGUGGACUCAGCUGGCAAACAACACAAGAGGGUCUGAAGGAGUACUUCUGCAAGUACGGCGAGGUGAAGGAGUGUAUGGUGAUGCGAGAUCCGGUUACUAAGCGCUCGAGGGGGUUCGGAUUCGUCACCUUUGUUGAUCAGGCCGGCGUGGAUAAAGUUUUGGCCCAAACCAGACAUGAGCUGGACUCAAAAACAAUCGAUCCAAAGGUUGCAUUCCCUCGCAGGGCUCAACCCAAGUUAGUGACCCGAACCAAGAAGAUCUUUGUGGGAGGCCUGUCGGUGAACACAACUAUAGAGGAUGUCAAGCAGUAUUUUGACCAGUUUGGGAAGGUCGACGAUGCCAUGCUCAUGUUCGACAAGACCACCAACAGGCACAGAGGGUUUGGCUUUGUCACGUUCGAGAACGAGGAUGUGGUGGAGAAAGUGUGCGAGAUCCACUUCCACGAGAUCAACAACAAAAUGGUGGAGUGUAAGAAAGCUCAGCCCAAGGAAGUGAUGUCCCCCACGGGCUCAGCCAGGGGGAGAUCUCGGGUGAUGCCCUAUGGAAUGGACGCCUUCAUGCUGGGUAUUGGUAUGCUGGGUUAUCCAGGCUUUCAAACAGCCACCUACACCAGUCGGAGCUACGCUGGCAUCACCCCUGGAUAUACCUACCAGUUCCCUGAGUUCCACUUAGAGAGGACUCCCCUUCUGACUUCACCCCACCCCCCUGAGCUCACAGCCAUUCCUCUCACAGCGUACGGACCAAUGGCAGCAGCGGCGGCGGCAGCAGCAGUAGUCAGAGGCUCCACCCCGUCUCGCUCAGCUGGAUUUUUGGGUACGAGCAGCCCGGGGCCGAUGGCAGACCUUUAUGGUACAGCCGGUCAGGAGUCGGCGGUCAGCAGUUACCUCAGUGCUGCUAGCCCUGCCCCAAGCACUGGAUUCAGCCAUAGUCUGGGGGGUCCGUUGAUUGCCACGGCCUUCACCAACGGCUAUCAUUGAGAAUUGCAGAGCUGUAGACUGACAGCUGGAAGGAGUUGAAGCUGCUUUGGAGCUGAUCUGGCCUGUCUCUGUCCAGUCCACCUCUCCGGCUUGGGUGGCUGAACCCUCACCCCUCCACCCUGGCGACCCUACUGACGCCUCACUAAACUCCACCUCCUCUGAAAAAAAAAAAAAAAGUUUAAAAAAGUUCACAAAAGGAGAGACACCUUUUGAAAAAGUUUUAUCACUACAUGUAAUAGCAACACGUACAGAUGCUGUAUUUUUAGUGUUUUUUUUUUUUGUUUUUUUUCUGUUGUUAUGUUUCACCAUGCUGUUUUUUGUGAUGGCUGCGUUUGUUUCUCGAUCUAUUUUGGCUGUGUUUUAUUGGGUUAUUUGACCUCUGAACCUGAUCUCUUUGAGAUAGAGGAGUUGUAUCUCCAAGUGACACCUGUCUGAAAGUCAGGAGCUGUAAUUUGUACUGGAAAACUGUAUAUUUGUCACUAGUUCAUACUGAAUUUUAACAAAACAUUUGUGAUUAAUACUAUUUCUUGAAAAUGUGUCACAAAGUGUAUAUCUUGGUAGGUUUUUAACAAAAACUUGUUACACUAAUAAUGGUCAGAUGACAAGGGUCAUUAGUCACAGUUACAUAAUAGGCCUACGUGAGCUGUACAAUUUUGUAAAAUAUUGUAAAUAUGACUUUUG